AUGAGCGAGCUGCACAACCCGGACCAGUCUUCGCGGGCUCUGUUCGAUCUGUGCCGCGUGCUUCUCAAGGGCAUAUACGGCGAGCUAUCGGCGGUUCUGGUGGGGUCUCUUCUGGACUAUGGGCGUCAGACGGCUGCUGAGCUCGCCAAAACCACCAAACUGCCGCUGUCAGCGGUGCACAGUGGUCUGGCGGCGCUGGUGCAGAACCGCUUUGUGCUGUACUGGGCCAACGACCGCAAAUCCGGGCGAGAUACAGACGACAUUGGCGAGUCCAGCUCCAUCCAUUACGUGGCCAACUGGAAGGAGAUUUACCAGGUGGUGCGGGCUGGCGGCAUGGUGGAUGCGGUGCGAAAGGACUUCGGCAAGGGCCCCGGCGGCAAAAGCAACCCCGAGUCGGGCGAGAGGUGUGCCGAGAUUGCCCAGAACCUGCUCGUGUACGGACACAUGCGGGUGGCCGACUACCUGGAAGCCACCCCCGAGCACGACCGAGACAGCGUGGAGGCCAGUAUCGCGGUGAUGCUGCGCAAACGGUUUCUGGUGCCCGUACAGGCGUGGCAGUUCAAGCCCGAGACAGAUCUCUACGCACGCAUGUUCAGAGACCACCUCAGUAAACUGCCUCUGUCCAUGGCCGAGUCUGCCCGAAAGAACCAGGCUGCGGUAAGCGCCAAAACGGAGCUCGAGCGCAUGCAGGAGGAGCGCAACUCGCUGAAUCUGGGAUUUGUGUCGGGCUCUGUGGCCCGAACUAAGGGCGUCCCUGUCCUGAACCGCGCCGAGAAGCUCGACCACCAGGCCGUGCUGUGUGCCAAUCCCGACAAGUUUCUGGUGAUUGCGCGAAACGAGGAGCUGGCCAAGCUGGCCGAGGAGCGAUGUGGCAAGACGGCGGCCGAGGUCUACAGACAGUGUCUCAGCAAGUACGUUGGCCGUCUGCAUUCUUGCACUCAAGACACUUCUCCAGGCGCUGAAUUCAACAUCACGUCGAUGGAGAUUGCCAAGACAAUCGAUCCUCGCCUGGACGGUCUUAGACCGCGAGGAAAGGGAUCACGAUCCGUUUCUCCCCGGCCGCAGAGCAAACGAGUCAAGACUGAAGAGGGAUAUACAAAGACUGGAGACUAUGACGAGAAGGAGGUGGACGUUGAAGAAGAUAUGGAAGAGGAGUUGUCGGGCGUUGCUUUAGCAACAGCAGUAUCCAAACAAAUGCAGAUUUUGGCAGCCUCACCGCUCAAGUUUGUGCAGAGCGUGGGCACCAAGGGCGGAGGAGAGUGGUACGUCAACUUCAAAGAGGCUACCGAGUGCCUGCGGGGCGCGCGAUACGAGCAGAUCAUUCAGUGGAAGUACGGCCGCGUGGCCAAGCGGUUGCUGCGAGCUGUCAAGGACAAGGGCAAGGUGGACGAAAAGCUGCUGACCAAUAUUGCGCUGUUGCCCGUUAAGGAGAUUCUCAACCACCUGCACGACUUGCAUUCUGUCGGCGCUCUGGACGUGCAAGAGCUGCCUCGAACCGCCGACAGAGCUGCGUCUCGAACCAUUUUUCUGUGGCAUCAUAGAGCCAACCGGGCAUACUCGCUCAUUUCACAGGACAUUUACAAGUCUUUGUCGCGCUGUUUCGAGCGGGUGGCUGCCGAGCGUGCCAAGCUGCCCAUUCUGCUGAGCAAGCUGCAGCGAGAGGAUGUCAAGGGACACGAAGAUGAAUUUCUGACCGAGCAGGAAAAGGCGGAUCUCAAGGGACUGAGAAUGAGAGAGGAGAAGCUGCUGGUGCAGAUGAACAGGUUGGAUGGUUUGAUUCGGGUAUUUAGAGAUUACUAG